GCGUGCGGCGCUGAGCGGCAGCUGGAGCUUCGAGCUGCACAUGUGCGGAAGAAAAACGGAUAAAAGGAAAAGAGACAAAGCGGCCAGAUGAGUGAAUGAGAGGCGGCAGGGAGGACACACGAGACACGCACCGAGACUCUGUCCCCGCAGGACGACCCACGGCACCGCAUCCCCGCAGACACCCGCGUAUCUGUCAAAAUGGAUCUUCAUGAUAAAGAAAUUCUCUCUGGGGAGAUUUUGCCUGUGGUGAUCAUCGGUAACGGCCCCUCAGGCAUCUGUCUGUCAUACCUGCUGUCAGGUUACACCCCCUACCUGUCACCUGGGGCGUCUCACCCUAACCCCCUGCUGAACAGCAAGCUGAGAGAGCAGCCUCACCUGUCGCUGCUGGAGCAGGAUCUGGAGUAUCUGUGCGAGGGGUUGGAGGGCCGAUCGUCCAAUCCCGUGGCCGUGCUCUUUGAUUCGCUGCUGCUCCCCGACAGUGACUUCGGAUUGGACCACACGUCUCCGCUGGAGUGGCGGUACGAGGCGGAGCGCGCCAUCCCUCACCUGGUGCUGGGGAAGGGUCCACCUGGAGGAGCCUGGCAUGCUAUGGAGGGCUCCAUGCUAACUCUCAGCCUCGCUAACUGGAUGGAGCUGCCCGGCCUCAAACUGAAGGACUGGAUGAGAGAGAAACGCAGGAAUGUACGAAACGACCGGGCCACACCAGCAGAGAUCGCCUCCUACUAUCAACACUACGUUUCCCAGAUGUCCCUGGAGCAGAGCUUCGCCUGUGGAACCACCGUCACCUCAGUGACCCGACAGCCUGCCAGCCCGGACGGGUCGCCGCCCUGCUGGAGAGUGACGGGCCUGCAGCGUAGAGAGGGAGAAGAGCUGGCAGAUGGUUCCUCUGUUUCGGAGGAGGUGCCUUUCUCUCUUCUGGCCCACAACGUGGUGUUGGCAACGGGGACCCACGACAUCCCGGCCAGGCUCGGCGUGGAGGGCGAGUCCCUGCCCUUCGUCUGCCACUCGUUCUGGGAGCUGGAGGCGGCCAUCUCUCGCGGCGAGCUCGACCAGUCAUCAGACCCCGUGCUGGUGGUGGGGGCGGGGCUCACGGCGGCAGAUGCGGUUCUGGCGGCCCACCAUCUCAACACACCCGUCUACCACGCCUUCAGACGCUCUGUCACCGACCCCGGCCUCAUCUUCAACCAGCUGCCCAAGCUGCUGUACCCCGAGUACCACAAGGUUCACCAGAUGAUGACUCAGCAGCAGCAGCGGCCGAGCGCUCCAGCACCGGACCAGGCUCAGAACCUCAACGACAACUCCACCUCGUCCUCUUCUUCCCCGUCCCCGUCCUCCUACACAGGUUACCUGAGCUUCCCACGCCACCGGGUCGUGGCGUUCCGGCCCGACAGGAAGUGUAUCCUGGAGUCAGAGUCCGGCCAGCGGACGGUGGUCCAGGUCUCCAAGGCGCUUGUUCUAAUCGGCGCUCAUCCCAAUCUCUCCUUUCUGGAGGACAACGGUCGUCCACUUGGCAUCUACCAAAACGAGACCAUCACCUGCCGGAGGAACCCGAUUGAGGUCGACCCGUUCACGAACAGCGUGGUCGCGGCGGACGGGCCGGGCAUGUACGCCAUGGGGCCAUUAGUGGGCGAGAACUUUGUCAGGUUCCUGAAGGGAGGAGCGCUGGCUAUCGCGAGCAACAUAGCCAAGAAACAGAGGGAGGAGAGCGGAAGAGAGGAAGGGGAUUUCACCAUUGACAGGGUAAUGGAGAGAUGGGCGGACAGACAGGCACGAGCAGGCGUUUGUGUUCUGGAUUCGUAGCAGGUUUUUCCUGGGAGUGGGACUGAAGCAAACUCCAAUCUGAUCCAAGCUAUGGAUCCAGACAAAACAGGAACUGCUGCAAUCAAAAGCCUUAGGCCAUCCAGAAUUCACAGAGUAGGGAAAUCAAACGCGCUGCUAUGCCCGGACUUGCACUGGUUUGAAUGCGCCUGAUAUCUUCUGAGAUCUGCUGCAGAUCUGAGGUGUCACGCGGCUCGAUGUCGACGGCCGUGUUGGCGAAAAUCCUGCAGAAAUACAGGUCGGUCAUAUGUAAGUUGGAGUGAUGGAGGGAGAAUGAGGAAGGUGCUGUGAUGGAGGAGAGGUGGGUGUGUUUGGGUCAUCCUCCAUCUUAUUUCAAAGGUCCUGAUGUACAUGUUUACCGACUGGAAGCUGUUUCUGGAUGCAGUAACGACUUUGCGUUGUGACGUUUCACCUGGAGCUUCUCGUCGCCGCCCCCUGGUGGCCAAACGAUGCAACUGCGAAACUAUUCAAAAAUGACCUCAAACAUAUUAUCUUCCACAUAUUUGGCAUUAUCUGUAAGGCAGUUUAUAAUAAUGUGCUGGUGACACUUAUGUCUGUUAUAAGUUUAAAUCAUUAUAUUGGUUUGAGGUUUUAGUGUAUGACGGGCAACAGGCAAGUUCCAAGUUUUUGCUAAAUACUGUGUUUCCAAAUGACAACCCUGAUUCCGAAACAGAUUGGACGCUGUGUAAAACGGGUGUGAAAACAGAAAGCAAAUAUUAAAUACAGUUUAACAAAGUGUUUUUUGAGCAUAUGUGGUAAUAUGCUUUAUACCAGGGCGGCCCAAAGUGUGGCCCGUGGGUCAAAGAUGGCCCUUCAGAUGUUUCUAGUAAAAAGAAAAUAAGAAAGGAAAGAAAACUGUGAUAAAGAUAACUAUUGUUUAUUUUUUAAUUGGGUAAAAAUGCUCUUUAAAUAUGUAGGAUCUCUAUGUAAUACUUGUUUUUCAUAAUCUGAGCACGAUGGGCAGAGUGACUUUCUACAAGACGUCACUAAAUUACGGCAACUUGGUAUCGUAGAUCUACGAAAAGCCCUGCGAGUAAGAAUAUAAUUAACCAAGAAAGAUUUACCCGACAACAAAUGAUCACGUUCUGUUUUAUUUAUGUCCAACACAGCAUCACAACUCUUCUUGGAAUCAGAGUUGCACUUUAUAAACGUGCUUCGAAUCUCAGCUCACAUCUGGCUCCAGUUAUUUACACUCAACAGUUGAAGGUUGAAGAGGUGAUCCUCAUCACUCAGAGCGCCCUGAUCACUACAGUAACUAAACAUGACCAAAAAAAAAAGAAAAUGAGCCACGUUGCCUCGGCCUCGCACUUUCCAACAGUGUACGAAGAGCGUAAUUAACAUGUUUCUGUUGUUAAAGAUGUUUUUACCGUGUGCGGUCUUCUGCUACAUGUUACAACACUACACUGUCACUGUUGCUGUUUCCACAAAACACACAACUAGUUGUCAGUUGUCAUGUCAUUUUCUACUGAUUUAUAUUUUGGGUUUGUGACUCUAUGGUGCUUUUAUUUUUCUAUGUUAAUGAGACUUUUAGUCACUUCACAGCAACUGUACCUACCUGACAUCUUUGUAAAUCUUUGUGAUUGUGAAAAGAUUUUAUACGUAACAAAAACAAAAAACAGAGAAACUUGUAUAUUUGUUUUUUCUGGAAUUCCUCUCACUGAAAAUGUUUAAUUUGCUGCUUUUUGUAACAUCAGAAAUAUUAACAUUGAAUGAAUGAAGAGAUACUCAGCACUGGUUUGUUCUUAUUUCCACAUGAAUCCACCACGUCUGUAAGAAUAAUAAGGAAAAACUGAAUUUUGUCUUGUGGUUUAACAGAAUAAUUCACUUGACAUCACAUUGAUUUCAGCUGUAAUAAAGAUAUUCUCAUUAUAGUUCAUUGUUAUUAUCAGAGAGGACUGUGAAAACAACCAUAUUUUAGAGGGAAAACAAGAAAAUCCGUUAAAAAAAAGACCAAUCAGUGAUCUAAAUUGAUGUCCACCAUGUUUUUCUAAAGAUUAACACGUUUUUGCCUUUUUAUUCUGUAAUAACAUUUGACACCUGCUGCCUGGAUGCUGACAGCGAGCUUUAAUCUUGCCUUGAGACACUUUAUUCACAGCAAUACAUUUUGUUUUAUGUGAAACAAACGCCUCCAUCUGAAUGUCUCUCUUUUGUUUUAAAAACAUGUCGUUCAUAGCUGUUUUCAUCCUGUUUGUAUUACUGAGGUGAUUCAUGUGUCCAAUAAGUUUCCAUCUGUAUUGGCAGUAAAAUCUGUAUUUUCCAUAUUCAUUUUUCUGUGGGUUUCUAUUAAAAGGCAGUUUUUCAUCAAACA